AAUUCGCUAUAGUAUUUAUCGCAAUGUUCAGCCAAGCAUCACAAAACAAUGAAAUGUAUUAUUCUCCGCAUAACUCUGACAUGACUGAUGGUAGAGUUGGACAUGUAACAGACAAGAUUGAGAUUUUGUAAGUUCAAAUACUACGCAGCAAAAUGUUGAUCAGUCGUCGUUCAUCGCAAUGGAUAUGUACUCUGGGUUUGAUGCAACUGCUCUUCGCCACGGGACUGACUGUGUGUGGGUUUGCCAUACUUGGAUUGUUUCAUAGUUUGAAAUGUAAAGGAUUGUGGCUUGGCAUGCCAAUGAUGAUUCCUGGAUUACUAAGUGUUGUUGUCAUGGCAACUAGACAUCGAAAAGCUUCGAUCACAGUUUUUGCCACAUGUGUAAUAGUUAUUGCUCUAUGUGCAUAUCAUGGUGUUGCUGUUUGGGAAGACAUUGACUUCUGGGAGAAGUACAGAGAAUAUGCUGAGAUUAAAAAUGGUGAAGGUUUGCCACCAAAACCAUGUUACGAUCGUGGCGAUCACUGUAUUUGUGGAGAUAAUAAAGAAUACUUAAAUUCUGACUACACAGUUCAAUUCUGUGAUCAGUUUCGCACUGGUGAGGAAUUAUUUUGGACAUUGCUAGCCUUAACAAUUGGCGGUGCAAUCUUUUCUCUUUUAAACGCCAUCGUCUGUGUGUGGGCGUCAUUUACUGGAACACCACGAGAGUUGGAGAUUGAUGAGAAAGAUAUUGGUGGUCUGAACGAUUACGAUUUUGGUGGUACUAAAUACAACUACGCCCUGCAUCAGUAACGCUCACCCGCAUGUCUUUAUGUUAUCAAGCAUCGUUAGUUCUUCAUAUAAAAAAUAUCAAUAUCAUCUUAGUUUGAGAGAAAUAUCACGUUCUUAACUCCAGUGCAAAUGAUUUCUCAGAAGAGGUUUUUUGUUUGUUUGUUUCAGUCUCUUUUUUGAAUGUGACAUAUAAAAAUAAAUAACUUUAUAAAGAAUAGUUGUAACGUAAAACUGUAACAAAUUUGUGAUUAAAAAUGUGUAUUUGUGCAUUGGUAGAUCUUCAGUUAUAACAACAGUUAUUUAAUCAAACCGGUUUUACUUUAUUCAAGAUGAAUAGCCAUUAAGACAA